AUGAAUCCUUUAUAUAAUCAAAUUGUAUUAUUUGGUGACUCUAUCACUCAGUAUGGUCAUGAUCCCGAAAAUAAUGGUUGGGGUGCGGCACUUCAAUCUUCUUAUGUAAGAAAAUUUGAAGUUUUGAAUAGAGGUUUUUCGG